CAAGAGGUUUUGGGGUUUGUUAGAACAUUAAGAGAACACAGUUGCAACGCCGCCGUUUUGUACUUCGUCUUCUUCAUCUCUGCCAUAACCAUGGGAGGAGCAGAAACCAGUAAGGAGCUUCUACACUUGGAGCACAAGAAUCCCUCAACUUCAUCUCUAGAAUCAGCGGUACUUGUUUGUAAAUCAGAAUCUGAAAGAAAGAAAAGCAAGUCUGAUGAAAAGCCCACCAUUGCUCCUGUCCCUCGGAGUCGAUUUCUUGGAAAAGUAAAAGACUUUUUGGGAGUAAUUUCAGAAGCCAAUGAAAAAUUGCAGCUUCAUAAACAGGACAAUUCUAAGAGCUAUGAUAUUGAAGCACUAGAUGGAAAUGAAUCUCAAGUUAUUGAAAUGGACUUAAUGUUGGGUAUUACUGAUCUUAAAACUCCUGAUGCUGUGGCUGCUGCUGAAUCUGCAAUUGCUGGGUGCCAACCUAAGAUUCCUUUGGCUGAAUCAGAAUCUGAUGAUAGUAUUAUUAGUAGUAGUGAUGAUGAAGAGGAACAUGAGGAGAAUGAGAUUGGCAAAACUGAUCAUGGUGAAGAAGAUGACAGUGAGAAUGAGGAUCUUGUGAUAACAAUUUCUUCUUCUAAUAAGCAUAAAAGAUCUAAAUCUUCCAAAGCCAAAGCAAGAAAGAAAAAGAUUGAAAAAAAGCCAAAGAUUGUUGAACUUUGAUAUGGUAUAUUUUUGCUAGUAAGUUGUUGCAAAUUAUGCUCUAUCUAACUAUUUGUAGGAUUGUUUUGUGUAUAAUGUGAGUUCAAACUUUGCAAUUUUUUGUUUCAAAAA